AUGGUCGACAACGUUACCGAUUUCUUGUUGGAAAAGACAUUGGGUUGGCCUUCCGGAGUUGAAAUCAAUAAGGUGGACACGCACCAUCACUAUGUGCCAUCGUUCUAUGCCAAAGCUGUUGAGGAUGCCGGAGGUGACCCUAGUGGCUGGCCAACGCCGCAUUGGACACGCCUGCGAUCCGAGCUACUUAUGAAGCAUAUGGGUAUCCAGACGGCCAUCCUAUCCGUUACAGCCCCAGGUGCAUGCAUCCUGGAAAGCCAGGCUUCAUAUGCUCUGGCGCGGAAGCUGAAUGAAUCGGGUGCCGAAAUUCGUGACAGUGAUCCGCAAAAAUUCGGGUUUUUCGCAUCUUUACCGAGUCUGCUAGACACGGAUGCCGCCCUGGCUGAAAUUCGAUACGCGUUAGAUGUUCUUCAUGCGGAUGGAGUCACACUAUUUACUCGUUACGGUAAUGAGAAUACAUACUUAGGUCAUGCAGAUGUUGAGCCUAUCUGGGCAGAGCUCAAUCGUCGCAAAUGUGUCGUGUUUGUGCAUCCUACUCAUCCAGUUGAUACCAAUAAGGUCAAUGUGAAGUUACCCCAGCCGGUGAUUGACUAUCCUCAUGAGACGACGCGUACGGCAAUGGACAUGAUCAUGAUGGGCACUCGACGGAAGUAUCCAGAUUGCAAGGUGAUUUUGUCGCAUGCUGGUGGCUCACUACCAUACCUCAUCAGCCGGCUGGCAACCCCUUUGCGAGCAACGCCAAAUUUCGCCGCCUCUGCUGCCAUGGGUACGAACCAUGAUCAGACUAUGGCUUCCUUUCGCAGUUUUCACUACGACUUGGCGCUGUCGGCAUCUCCUCAGGUGUUAGAUAUACUGUUGAAAUUGGUCCCUCAUGAUCAUAUUUUAUUUGGUAGCGAUUUUCCGUACGCACCACCCCCAGCUUAUCCUGGGUUCUUGAGUGACCUAGAAGAGUAUCCGCUGAGUAAGGAAGUGAGAGACAUGAUCAACUUUGGAAAUGCGCACGCUUUAUUUCCUCGAUUGUUAGAAUCGACGUCCUCAAUUUGA